AUGGCUGGCGUGUGGGUAUCUGCCUUGGUUGGUGUUCUCAAUGUGGUGGCUUUCAUGUAUAAUGUCAUUACGUUUGUGCCCUAUUACAUUGUCCAUCGUCCUGAUGCAAAAAGGAAAUAUUCUCAAAGAGUCAAGGCUAGAACAAUCGGUGAUUCACCUAGUGGACCAUAUCGAGCUAUAGACCUACCUGGUGGCCAGCUAGUAACAUCACUGUUUCCAGAAUCUAAUACUGUUGAUGACCUGUUUGUACGUGCCGUCCAGUUGUAUGCUGCCAAACCUUGUUUAGGCACACGUGAACUUCUUAGUGAGGAAGAUGAAAAACAACCAAAUGGACGAGUCUUCAAGAAGGUGUUGAUGGGAGACUACCACUGGAUUACAUAUGAGGAGGUGUUUGCUAGAGCUACUCAUUUCGGGAGUGGAUUACUAGCCCUGGGACAGAAACCUCGUAAAAAUACGUUGAUAUUCUCAGAAACAAGGUCGGAGUGGAUGAUUGCAGCACAAGCAUGUCUUAAGUACAACUUCCCAGUGGUGACACUGUAUGCUACACUGGGAUUGGAUGCCAUCGUCCAUGGUGUCAACCAAUCAGAGGUGUCCUAUGUCAUCACAAGCUCUUCCCUUCUACCCAAAUUUAAAGGUAUCAUCCACAAAAUGCCAAAGCUAAGUCACCUGAUAUAUAUUGGUGGUGACCGCACACCUCAGAUCAGCGACUUCCCAACCCAUGUAAAGGUACUCUCUAUGGCGGAGGUGGAGGUGAUGGGAGCAAUGCCAGAAAAUAUACGGACACCAGUGACAAAACCAAAGCGAGAAGAUAUUGCAGUGAUCAUGUACACUAGUGGGUCAACAGGAGUUCCAAAAGGUGUGCUGAUAUCCCAUGGUAACCUCAUGUGUGGGAUGGCCGGACAAGUACAAAAGAUAGCUGCACUCAGCCCCAGUGACAUUUAUGUGGGUUAUCUGCCCUUGGCCCAUGUCCUAGAAUUGAGUGCAGAGCUGUCAUGUGUGGCGUGUGGAACUUGUAUUGGAUAUUCCUCUCCCCUGACACUGACAGACCAGUCCAGUAAGAUAAAGAAGGGGAGUAAAGGAGACUUGUCUGUCUUGAGACCAACACUGAUGGCUGCAGUACCUGUUAUAAUGGAUCGAUUGUAUAAGGGCGUAGAGGAUAAAGUCCAAACCAGAGGACCGAUGUUUAAAGCUGUGUUUAAGUUUGCCUAUGAAUACAAGCUUAAGAAUCUCCUACGUGGAUACGACACACCUAUAUUGAAUAAAUUGAUAUUCCAGAAGAUUCGAGAACUAUUGGGUGGUAACAUUCGGAUGAUGCUUAGUGGUGGGGCUCCCCUAUCAGAACAGACUCAGCGGUUCAUGAAUAUCUGUUUCUGCUGUCCAGUACUACAGGGCUAUGGUCUGACCGAGACUUGUGGGGCAGGGACCAUUACAGAAGUGACAGAUCUAAGUACGGGCAAAGUUGGAGCGCCCCUGUUCUGUGGUGAAGUAAGACUGAGAGAUUGGCCUGAAGGAAAUUAUACCUUUGAAGACAAGCCCUAUCCCCGGGGCGAAAUCUUGAUGGGCGGGGGAAAUAUUGUACAAGGAUAUUACAAGAUGGAAGAAAAAACUGUCGAGGACUUCAUGGAGAUAGAAGGUAUCCGAUAUUUCUGUACCGGAGAUAUUGGACAGUUUGAGGAGGACGGAUGUCUCCGAAUCAUCGAUAGGAAGAAAGAUCUGGUAAAGCUACAGGCAGGAGAGUACGUAGCUCUUAGUCAAGUGGAGACUAGUCUCAAAAUGUGCCCCCUUGUUGAACAAAUAUGUAUUGUUGGUGAUAGUCGUCACAGCUUUACUGUUAGUCUUGUUGUACCAAACCAAAAGAAUCUGAAAUGCCUCGCAAAAGAAAUGAAAAUUGAUGAAGAAGACAUUGAUAAAUUGUGCCGGAAUGAAAAACUUAUGAAAGCAUUUCUGAAGAAGUUGAAUGAAUAUGGUGUUAAAGCUUGUGUAGAGAAGUACUGCCUACCACAGGGUAUGACGUUGGUCCCGGAACCUUGGAUGCCAGACUCGGGUCUCGUCACAGACUCCUUCAAAUUGAAGCGAAAAGCCAUGGAAAGUCAUUAUAAAGCUGAUAUAUCCAGGAUGUACAGGCGGUAAAAUCAUCGUCAACAGGCCUUUACUCAGUGUACAUAAAGUACCUGUUAAUAAGGGCAGUCGAUAAAUUGGUUGGAGAGUUGUGUGUCUUAGGAUUACUAACUGUAGUAGUAUAUGUUUGGUAACAAUAGGACAGUGUUACAGGUAGAGGAGAACAGAGUUCUUUAUGAAUGUUAUAUUACUAUAGGUUUUGUAUUAUUUUGUGUUCUGAUUGAAAGGUUUUGAACCUAGAAAGGAGAUGAUAAGUUUAGUGUUACAAAAUGAUACAGUGUUAUAUCAUGUUCCAUUGUAAGGGGAAAUGUGAUAAUAAGCAGAACAUGACAUUAACGGUUGAAACAUUUUUCUGUACCUCUAAACCCAGAAGUCAACUUUCUGAUGCACCCAACUAGUAGAAAGAAUUGAGGACUGGAUGGGAAUGGUAGAAGGGUUCUCUCAUUUCAUUGGAAAAAACAAGAGGAAAUACUUUGUCUGGAUAAAAGUACAAUGGUGAAACAUUCUUUGAAUCUUGCUCAAUAAAAUAAAAUUUAUUGAUAUAGAAAUGUUGU